AUGGAUAAAAAAAAGUGUGAAACGUGGAAUAAUUUUGAAGUGGUUGAUGGUGAAAAAGCAAAAUGCAAUUUUUGUUCUAAUACUAUUUCUUAUAAAGGGGGUUCUACGGCUAAUUUAACGAGAUAUUUAAAACGAAAACACAUAGUUCAAUACGAAGCUAGGAAAAAAAGAUCUAUUGAAAUUCUCGAAAAAAACAUCGAUGAACCUGAUAAUGUUUCCGUAUCCGAACCUUCCCAUUCUAAUUUAACUACUAUUACACCUAUAAUUAAAAAUAAAACAGCUAGCGUUACAAAAACACAAGUAUCCAUAGAUGCGUAUACAUCAAGGCCGAUGCCUAUUUCGAAAUCUAAAAAAAUUGAUGAGCAGUUAGGUAUAAUGAUGGCUAAAGAAUACCAACCGUUUAGUUUGGUUGAAAAUAAAGAGUUUAAAAAAUUUGUAUCAUUAUUAAAUCCAAGCUAUUCUUUGCCAAGUAGAAAAACAAUUACUUAUAAUAUUUUACCUCAAUUAUUAGAAAACACCAGGGAAAAGGUUAAAAGGAGUUUAGAUAAUGCAUCAUAUAUAGCAAUGAGUACGGACGGUUGGACAUCUGUUAAUAAUGAAAGUUACGUCGCUGUUACAGUACAUUUUAUUGAUACUGAACUAUGCGUUUUAAAAUCUCAUUUACUAGGAUGCUAUUAUUUUGAAUUAUCACAUACAGCAAUCAAUUUAUCGACAUUCUUAAACAAUUGUUUUGAAGAGUGGAGUAUUGUAAAUAAAGUUAAAAUAGCUAUUAGCGAUAACGCUAGUAAUAUUACAGCUGCAAUAAGUUCAAAUAAAAAUUGGAAACACAUUCCUUGUUUAGCGCAUAGCAUUAAUUUGAUAGCCCAAUGUGGGUUAGAAGAAAUUAAAGAAAUACAUAAAAAAGUUAAAAAAAUAGUAGAGCAUUUUAAGCGUAGUUCUCAAGCAGCAGCAAAAUUAAAAAACACACAAAUUCAGAUGAAUUAUCCAGUACUAAAACUGAAACAAGAUGUGAUAACGAGAUGGAACUCGACUUAUGAUAUGUUUAAUAGGUGUUUAGAGACAAAAGAUCCAUUAGUAUCCACUUUGGCUAUGAUUGGUAAUACUGAAAUGUUGACGGCGUCAAAUUUUAAUUUAAUGGAUUAUUAUUGCAAACUUUUUAAGCCUUUUAAAGAAGUUACAAUUGAGUUAAGUUCGGAAAAAGGGGUAUCAAUUUCCUAA